AUGGCUGGUAACCGAGAUAGGAACCCUUUUGAUGAGGAAGAAGUAGACAACCCUUUUUCUAAUCCUACACAUUAUUCACACUCAACGCUUCCAGCUCUUGCUCCUGAACCUGCCAGCUACAAUUAUGAUCGCAAUCCAGCCAUUGACAUUACUCUUGAUAAAGCAACGAAUUUAAAGCAGAAAGAGAGAGAACUCCAGGACAAGGAAGCUGAAAUCAGAAGGAGGGAGGAGGUAGUUAAAAGGAAAGAAGAAGCUCUAGCACGAGCUGGAGUUUUUCUAGAUGUGAAAAAUUGGCCACCAGUUUUCCCAAUCAUUCACCAUGAUAUUGCAAAUGAGAUACCAAAUUAUCUACAUCGAAUGCAAUAUGUAGCUUUCUCGACAUUGUUAGGAUUGGUGCUUUGCCUUUUCUGGAAUGUCAUAGCUGUUUCCACUGCAAGCAUCAAAGGGCAAGGCAUAUAUAUCUGGUUCCUCGCCGUCAUCUACUUCAUGCUUGGGGUUCCAGGAGCCUAUAUACUGUGGUAUCGUCCACUUUAUCGCGCUUGCAGGAAAGACAGUGCGUUUAAAUUCGGAUGGUUUUUCAUGUUUUAUAUGAUACAUAUCUGCUUCUGCAUCUAUGCUGCGGUUGCUCCUCCUAUAAUUUAUCAGGGGUUAUCAAUGCCGGGAAUCCUGAGUGCAAUGUAUCUUAUGAACAAGCACGAUGCUCUUGUUGGGAUCUUCUACUUCAUUGGGUUUGGAUUAUUCUGUGGUGAGGCACUGUUAAGCAUCUGGGUCCUUCAGAAAGUAUACAGGUACUUCCGUGGCACUGGUAAGGCUGCAGAGGCAAAACUCAGUGCUGCAAGAGGAACAGCAAUGGCAGCAAUGACCUAAGCAGAACCAAGUAAGGCAGCAACCUCAUGCAUGGAUAUAUCCUUAGCCAACCUCAUGCAUGGCUUUUGUAAACAAAGCGUCUUUUGUAAAUCGCCAUGACCUGACAGCUUCCUAUUUUGCUGCAAAA